AUGACUGUGACCCAAUAUGCAGCACGGUUUGAAGAACUGUCUUGCUAUGGCGCAAAAAUCAUACCUACUGAUGACGACAAGGCGAGAAAAUUUGAGUGGGGACUCAAUGAGACACGCCGAGCGGUGGUGGCGCAGACGCUUCCCACCUACUCACAAGUGGUGCAAUGUGCACUUAAGAUGGAGAGGGAAAGCUUGGAUUUCAAGACAAGGCGUGAACAAAAGAAGGCAAUACCUGCAGUUGGAGGACCUAUCCGCACCAACCCUACCAACCGAGGUACCCUAACCUCCCAACCCUACCACCAAAACUACCCCCGCCUGCAACCGAUACAACCCAACCCAGCUUGGAUAAACCCCAAUCCAGGGUUCAAUCGAAACCCUAACCCUAAUCCGAACCCGAUCCAAUCACCGAACCAAGGCCUAAACCCUAAUCUUGGGCCAAACCGCAACCCCCUUCCCCAGAAUCAAAACCUAGACAACCGCUGUUAUUACUGCUUAGAAAAUGGACAUAUCAAGAGGAAUUGUCCUAAGUGGAAUGGCGCUGGAAACUAUGGAGGACCGCCGCAAAAUCAGGUCAGGACUACAGGACUUGGAAAUCAGAAUCAAAAUCAAGCUAGGCCGGUUUGGAAUGGUAACCAACCCGGAGAACAGAACCAGCCUUGUGGUGGGUGGAACCAACCACCAACUCGCCCUUUCCAGAAUAGAGGACCAAACGGGCCAAUCCAGCCCAAUGCUGGAAGAGUGUUUGCACUGCAAGGAACAGAAGAAGAGAUGGACCCUGCAGUAAUCCAAGGUACCCUCACUCUUUUUACUACAUGUGUUCAAGCACUAUUUGAUUCUGGAGCUUCGCACUCAUUCAUAUCUGCCACAUGUAUAUCUACACUUGGAUUAGAAACUGAACCUCUAAAGACAACUAUCCAUGUGACCUCACCACUAGGGGGUAAGAUUUCGAUAGUACUAAUCUGUAAAGGGUGCGAACUAGAGGUAUCGAACUUGCGGUUAACAUGCGACUUACGAGUAAUUGAAAUGACGGACUUUGACGUCAUACUCGGAAUGGACUGGUUGACUGCGCACCGAGCUGUCAUAGACUGCCAUCAAAAGGUGGUGACAGCCUAUGCACCAGAUGGAACGAGUUUCAAGUUUAAGGGGGAUAGACAAGACCCAUCUGCACCCCACGCGCACAAAACGUAG